UUCAGUGUUUGUUUACCUCGCGUGGUGGGAGAGAGGAAGGGACGCGGUGCUCCGUGCUGCCCCUUGUUAUCCUUGCUAUCCACGUGCCCCCCCUUGUUAUCCUCGUGCUCCCGGCCUUGUAGCGGUGCCGUGGCGGGGCGUGUAGGCGUUGACAUCACUCACGGUCAUCGGCACUGCCCAUACACUCAGUCCACCCUGGCGGGGACCUCACCAAUGACCUCCAUGAAAACAGGGUCCCAGACAAGCCAGUUGGUCUGAAGGCCGUGGCGCUGCUGUGCGGCUACACCAUUGCCUGGGACCGAGGCGUGGCGGACAUCUACUCCAAGAACGUGGACAGCAAGCAGUGUGGUUACAUCAUUGAUAAGCUGGAACCCAACAUGGAGUUUGUGAUAAGCCUGCGAGCCUUCAACAACGUGGGUGACGGGCAACCGGUGUACCAGCAAGUCCGCACCCAGCCAGAGGAGGAGGAGGUGGUGGCACCCACGCUGGACCCGGCGGUGUGGGUGAAGGCCGUGGUGCUGACGCCCUUCACCGUGGUGCUGCAGUGGGCAGACACCAUGCUGAGCCAGAACCAGUACAACAGCUGCACCACCUUCUCGUCCUCAUCCUCCAGCCGCUACGUCAACGCCACGGAUGUGACCUGCCUCAUUGACAGCCUCAAGCCAUCAACAGUGUGUGAGUUUGCUGUGAAGACCAUCAGGGUGAGACCACAGUGCUGGAAGCCUUCGUUCUUCUUUCAGUAAAUAUUCACUCAGUCCUGCAACACUUCUCAAGGAAAUCCUGCACAGCUGAAUCCUUGCUGUGAUGAGGCACAGAGAAAUUAUGACUCAUAGG